AACUCCUUGGCGCCAGCAUCCACAGAAUAUAACACCUAUUGUAGGUACAGCAGACAUCUGCACCAACAACAGCACACUUGGACUCACCACAGCACACAGGGACUCCAUCUCUUGUUCAUCAUGAUCAAGCUUCUCCUGUUUACAUCCCUCACAGUGUGGUGUGUAGCAGCGCUGUUGGGUGCCGCUGCGGCGCUCACUGCGGACGUUUGUGAGCCAGACUGCAGUAGCGCUGCGGUAGGGACUAAUGUAGCGGAUCCUAAAAACUGUCAUAAGUUUUAUGUCUGUUUUGGUGAAGACCAACCACCCAUUUCCUUGUCAUGUCCUGAUGGACAAUAUUUCAAGGACACAGCGACUGGAUGCACCGAGGAAACCGAUCCUUGUGAAAAUAGUUGCAAACCAACAGGCUGCCACUCAACUUGCGACCCAGAUCUAUUCUCAGACACGAUCGUUGACCUGAUGAACUGCAGCAUUUAUUACCUAUGCUCGAGCGGCAACGUCGUGGGGUCACCUGGGGUGUGCCCCGCGGAAAAACCUUACUAUGACGGGACGGAGUGCGUCGAAACCGAUGAAAAGUGCUGCAGCGACCAGUGUUAUCCGUACUGCCAAGACACGACAUCAAACAUCACAGACCCCACCGACUGCAAUAACUACUACAGUUGUACUGUGGUUGGACCUGCCGAUCAAACACAACAUUUCACUUGUCCUCAAGGGUCCAACUUUGACGUGACUGUGGGUAAGUGUGUGCCCGGCGCCACGUGUAACACUCUGUGUGCAGGCAGCACGAUCCCCGGGGAAGGUACUACCACGCCUUCUUCUGGCUGUGUAGACUCGAUGACAUGCUCCUCCGUCGGCUACUUCGCUAAGUGCUCCUACUGUCAGCAGCAGUACUUCCACUGUGUACAAGCAGGUGAAGAAGCGGUCGUACAGAGCUGUACAGGAACCUUGGUCUUCAAUCCUGGCCCCGACUACCCUUACUGUGUCUCUCCCUCUGACUGUCCCCACAAGUCACUGUUCUGACCCACCACCCACUGAUAUGAACCCACCUUACCACUGUCUUGAAUCUAUCACCCUUACUUUCCACCCAUCAACACCAGAUGUCAAUAUUGCAAGUCUUGUAUUCAGAAUAAAUUAAUGGUUCUACUAUGAUUAUAUUGAAAUUUACCAUGUGCAUACACACACACACACACACACACACACACACACACACACACACACACACACACACAAACAGGCCAAGUGUCUUAGUAACAAGUGCCUUGGACAAAAUGGUAACUAACACAAACGUGAUAUUAAAAACAUUAACCUAAACUGAGUAAUACAUGGCCUAUAGUAAAUAAAGAAUUCGAACAUAA